CUCAUCAAGUGCGUUGAUUAGCUGGCCCGGAUUAAAAAUUAGGCUGUCUUCAACGUCCUUCGGGAUCCUGGGUGCCGUCUGCCAACGGCUGGUUGGCAUCAAUCACCUUCAUUCUCCAAUUGGUUCACAGCCACGAUGGACAGCAACUACGUCGGAGUCCCGCCCACGCCAAAUACCAGGAACGACGGUGCCAAACGCUCCAAGAAACUGCGCUUGGCUGAGCGAUACGCUCAAGAGGAGCCAUUCCGACUCCGUGCCAAUCCUUUGCAGCAUGCGUCACUGCCGUCCGUGAUAUCUGCCCACUGGCUACAGCCUCUGGUAUCGCUUGGGGCCCAAAAGGUACUCGAGAAGGAGGACAUCUGGGCUGUUGCUCCACAAGAUUCCUGCGACGUGCUACACGAACGCUUCCGUCGCCACUAUGCGCUUGCGAAUAAGGAACCGUUCAACCUUCCGCAUGUUGCUAUGGCAUUUCUCAAGACAUUUCGUCGAGAGAUCAUGACAAUCAUCGCCAAUUACUGCGCCUACAUGACGGCGAUGGUGUUGCAACCAUUCAUUGCGAAGGCCAUUUUGCAAUACCUUGAAGACGAAUCGAACGUCUUCAACAUUGACAAUGGCUACGUCCUCGUGGCAUUGAUGGUGGGGGUCUCGUUUGUGGGUAUCACAUGCCUCAACUACGGCUUCUUCUUAUCGUCCCGAGUGGGCGCCAAUAUGCGGGCUAUUGCGAUGGAUAUAGUCUACCGCAAGGCUCUGAGUCUCUCCUGUAUCGCACGACACGCUUACACUACGGGUGAGAUCACUACGUUGAUGAGUGUGGACUCGGAACGCAUUUUCUUCGCCAUUAUCAAUGGUCCUUGGAUUUUAGUCGCUCCUCUAGCAUUUCUCGUGACAAUCAUUCUGAUUGGAGUGUUGUUCGAUGGAGUGUCGGCAGUUUGUGGGGCUGCACUGUUGGCUAUUGUACUUUACACGUCGAUGCAACUCGCAGACCACAUCGGAGACGUCCAAAAGGAACUUCUCUGUAUCGCAGAGGAGCGUGUGAAAGUGACAUCGGAGGCGCUGCAAGGAAUUCGAGUGAUGAAAUUUUACGCAUGGGAAGAAUCACUCGCCAAUCGAGUUGAAAAAAUCCGAGCGGCGGAAAUUGAACAUUAUCGCAAAUUCCACUAUCUCCAGAUCACCAACACAAUUCUACUGUUUCUCACUCCUGUGUUUCUCGGCGGAUUGGUCAUGGGGAUUUACGUUGGCAUCAACGGAACAGUGACAGUCACAGAUGCGUACACAAUCAUCAACGUCGUCAACAUUACACGCCUGGCUGUCAACAUGUUCCCACUUGCAGUCGCGUCGCUUUCUCAAGCUUCUGUGACGUACCGACGUAUGGACGAGUAUCUCGGGAGUGAUGAAGUCAAGAAAACCAAUGGAAAUAGCCCCAUAACUUCCGACGAGGAAAAGGUCGAUGAUUCUCCAUCGCCAGGGACAAUUUCGGUUCGAAACGCACACUUCAGGUGGUCUCCAGAGCCGAAAAUUGUUCCAGACGUCGUCAUUGUUGAUCCUGACAACUCUGAUGCUGUUGCAGACGAGCAAAUUCACUUGGCUCAGGUGCACGAUCUUUCACUUGAAGGCGUGAACCUCGAAAUUGACGCGGGAUCGCUCGUCAUGAUCGUUGGAACUGUAGGAUCCGGCAAGUCGAGUCUGCUCAAUGCUCUGCUCGGUGAAAUGAUUCUGGUGGAUGGAGCAGUCGAUGUUUGUGGUGGAUUGUCGUAUGUGAGUCAGGAAUCGUGGAUUCGUAACGCCACUGUGAAGGAUAAUAUCCUGUUUGAGGAGGAGUUUGAUGCGGACAAAUACAAUUCAGUGCUGGAGGCCACACAGUUGGCGUUGGAUCUUCACGCUCUCCCAGACGGCGACCAAACUGAGAUCGGUGAACGAGGAAUCAACUUAAGUGGCGGUCAGAAGGCCCGUGUGGCCAUCGCUAGAGCUGUUUACCACUCCAACUACGACAUUUUGAUUCUCGAUGACCCGCUCAGUGCGGUGGAUCCACACGUCGCCCACGCAAUUUUCAGUCGAUGUAUUAUGGGGAUUGCAAGAGAGAAAACCCGUUUGCUUGUACUGAAUAGCCACUACGACCUUCUCAAGCACGCGGACAAGAUUAUUGUGCUCCAAGACGGUCGAAUCGCUGGUGACGGCACUUACUCGGAUAUUCUGGCUCAGUUCCCAGAGCUACAGAGUAUCAGUGACACGCUGGAUAAACUCGAGCAAGACGUGAUUGAUGAGCACGAAGAUGACGAAAAACCAUCAGCGACAAUACCCUCAGCAACCGCAAUUCCUGCCAAGAAGGACCACUCUCUUGUACCCGAACAGAGUAAAGCGGAAGGCAACACCACCGCAUUGAUCAGCAGCGAAGACCGCGUCAAGGGCCGAGUGAGUGGCCAAACGUACAAGUCUUACUUCGAUGAGACUGGAUUCAAUGGAAUUCUCGUCGUGUUUACCAUCGUCGCAGCAUAUUUAGCUGGCCAAGCCAUGCGCGUAGUCGUGGAUUGGUGGCAAGGACACUGGGCCAACGAGAUGGAAAGCGCGUCGUCAUCCAACUCGAGUUACUCUGAACUGUCGUACGGUUUGUGGUACUUUGGCUUCAUCGUUAUUUGCUCGGUCGUGACUAUCGCUCGAGGACUGCUGAUGAUGGAAUCCUGCAUCCGCAGCUCGAAAAGUCUGCACAACGAGCUGUUCCGACGUGUGCUCAGUGCUCCGAUCAAUCUGUACUUUGAUGUGACACCUGUGGGGCGAAUUCUCAAUCGAUUCUCCAACGAUCUCGACCAAAUGGAUUCGGUUUUACCUCAGCACUACCAGACUCUUUUUCAAAGUUUAGGAGUCUUCGUUGGCUGCCUGGUAGUCUGCGGAUUGGCUUCCUUCUGGGUCGGUUUGUCGUAUCUGCCCAUGCUGGUCAUUUUCGUCAUCACUGGAGUAUAUUUCAAGCAAACUUCUCGAGAAGUCAAGCGACUGGAAGGUGUCACUCGCUCUCCCGUCUUCAACUUGUUCGGGGAGACUCUGAAUGGUCUACACACGAUCCGUGCGUUCCAAAUGCAGGAUAGAUUCGUGGAGCUCAACAAAGCAGCAGUCGACGACAACACCUCGUUCUACUUUACAUAUUGGGCAGCUGGACGGUGGCUGGCGAUUCGUUUGGAUUGGUUAUCGGUGGCUGUGAUUUUCGUAGUGACAAUUUAUCUCGUCACGUCAAAAGGACAAACGGAUUCUGUAGUUGCUGGCAUUUCCCUCUCGUAUUCAUUGAUGUUGACUUCGAUGAUCCAGUGGGUUGUACGAGCGGUUGACUUGACGGAUAACGCGAUGACGAGUGUGGAGAGAUUGCUACACUUCCGGAAUAUUCCAGUGGAGACGGACAAUGCCGACUGUGUGCCUAUCAAUGAAGCUGCUUGGCCGGCGCGAGGUGCCAUUCGCUUUGACAAUUUGUGUUUGAGAUAUCGUCCCGAUUUGCCACUAGUGCUUCGAGGUGUCAGUAUGGACAUUCAACCAGGCGAGAAAGUGGGCAUUUGUGGUCGAACGGGGGCUGGCAAGAGCUCGUUGAUGAUUGCGCUGUUCCGUAUCUGCGCUUUCGAUAGCGGCGCCAUCGUUAUUGAUGACAUUGACAUUGACAAGGUGCGACUGCAUGAUCUUCGUCGUGGCUUGGCAAUUAUCCCUCAAGAUCCAGUGCUCUACAGUGGAAGUCUUCGCGACAAUUUGGACCCAUUCGGAGACUACAGUGAUGAAGCCAUUUGGUCAGUUUUGCAACAAGUGCAUUUGGCAGCGACAGUCACGAAGUGGGGCACUGGAUUGGACUUUGUGGUCUCUGAACGUGGUGAUAAUCUAUCGGUGGGUCAACGUCAACUGCUGUGUAUUGGUCGCGCGCUUCUGAAGGACAGCAGAAUUGUCGUGCUGGAUGAAGCCACUGCCAACGUGGACACAGCCACCGAUCGCCUCAUCCAAGCGACGAUCCAAGAGACGUUCGCGGAUAAGACGGUGCUCAUCAUCGCGCAUCGGAUCAACACUAUUUUGCACUGCAACAAGAUUGCUGUCAUGGACGCUGGAAGAGUCGCAGAGUUCGGAUCCCCAUCGUCGCUUUUGCAGCAACAGGACUCGAUAUUUGCCUCUCUUGCCAAUCGCUCCGGUCACCACUAACAACAACAUAAAAACAAAUCAUUUCAUUUUAUUUUUCACUUCAA